CAGUGGAACAAUGCAAUGUCCUCAAUGUAAAGAUUUCAUUGAAGGUAGCUUCAAAAGGAUAAUCAAAGAUUCUUGUGGACAUGAAAAAUGUAGAGUGUGUUUGUUACAAGAUGUGGAAUAUUGUCGACAGUGUGAAGAGAAUGGAAAUAUUUAUUUGAACAAUAAAAAUGUAUCGUCAGAAAAUAAGACUUUAUUUGUUGAAAAUAAUCACAGAACAGUAAUAACAUGCAAUAAAGUGCUUAAUAAUGUUAUUGAUAAAGAAGACCAAGAUAUAAAAAAUGAGGGACAUAUAUUAUUGAAUGAAGAUCCAAAACAGUCAAAUGAAGUUGAUGAACAAAAUAAUGAAGCGACUCCAAUAAAAAACAAAUCAAAAUCAACUUUGCAAAAACGCAGAUAUACAAUGAUCACGAUACCUAAUCAUAUAUCUAUAGAAGGAACACCUCCAAUUUUCAUUUGUAAUAUUUGUAAAUCGAAAUUCAAAACUAAAAAUCAUGUGAGGUACCAUAAAUUUUGUUUAGGAGAAAACAAACCAUACCUUUGUGAUGUGUGUAAGAAAUCAUUUGUUUUAAAAUCUCAGCUGCAAAUCCAUGAGUUGAUACAUUCUGGAAAUAAACCAUAUGCCUGCAAGGUAUGUGGUAAAACUUUUAGGGAGCCAGGAAAAUUGAAACGACAUAUGGUCCUUCACACUGAUGAUAAACCACAUGUAUGUGAUGAAUGUGGAAAAAAUUUCAAAACUCUCAAUUCUCUUAAAUUACAUAGAGUAAUACAUACUGGAGAAAAACCUUUCCCUUGUAAAUAUUGUAAAAUGAGAUUUAAUAAUUCUUCCAAUCUGAAGAAACAUACUCUGUCACAUUCUGAUGAAAAAACGCAUAUGUGUGAGCAAUGUGGAAAGAAAUUUAAGCAGAAAUGGGCCUUGACAGUACAUCGUAAAUGUCAUAUCCAUAAACGGGAUUUUGUAUGUGAAACAUGUGAUAAAGCUUUUAAAAACAGCAAGGACCUAAAAAGGCAUGAGACUGUUCAUUUAGAUGUGAAGAUAUAUUCUUGUGGAAUAUGUUCCAUGUCGUUCAGAAGGAAGGAUAAUCUAGGCCGACAUUUCAGAAACGCUCAUCCAGAUAAGGAGCCUGAAAUAAUAAAAAGAGAUUCAAAACCUCCUGAUAAACACAAAGAGGCUGUUGUAGAUAAUCCAAAUGCAAUAAAUGUUAUAAUAUCAUCUCCAAUGACUAAAAAGAAUGAAGAAGCAAACGAUAAGGCUACUUCCAUGCCUAGAACUUGCAUGAAUGGUCCUCUCAAAUUAGCGUUCAAAACUUCGGCUUUCAAAAAGAAUUACAAUAUUAAUCGAGAUCAUCCUUAUGACUCUAAUUCGAGAGAAGUAGUAGUGAAAUCAGCCCCAAAAAUAGUACCAACAAAUAACAAUAUACCUUCUAGAACUUUUCCUAGUGAAUAUUCAUCACCACCUUUCUCUGUCGAUGAAUAUUAUGCUAACCGACCACAUGUUAUCAAAAAUAUCAAGUUCAAAAUACCAAGCAGCUAUCCUCCUGAAAAUGAGGGCUUACUGAAAACUAUUAUGCUACAAUCAAAAAUGAAUUCCGAAGAAGAAAAAAAAGAAAAUAAAAAGAGAGAUGAAGAAUCGAAAGAAAAAGCAGAGUUGCUAGAAAGAAGCUCCAAUCUUACCAAUAAAAAGGAUGAAAAGAUUCUUGUUAAUUCCCAAGAGGUUAGUGCUGCAGUUACUAGCGUUAUUGUUAAUUCAUCCGACCAAAAAAACAUACAUUGGAGAAGAAAAAUGACUAAUAAUAUAUCGUAAUUUUAUAUGUGAAUCAAUAGAGAUCGGCAAAUUCAAA